UUCCAGCUAUGAUAACUUCCUAUCCAAACACCACCUUGGCAACGCAAGGUCAAAAGAAGGAGAUGAGCUGCACGGCACAUGGAGAAAAACCCAUCAUAGUCCGCUGGGAGAAAGAAGACCGAAUCAUUAACCCUGAAAUGUCCCGUUACCUUGUUUCCACAAAGGAAGUUGGAGACGAAGUGAUCUCUACUCUGCAGAUUUUGCCAACUGUGCGUGAAGAUUCUGGCUUCUUUUCCUGCCAUGCCAUCAAUUCUUAUGGGGAGGAUCGUGGAAUAAUUCAGCUCACUGUGCAAGAGCCUCCCGACCCUCCUGAAAUAGAAAUCCGAGAGGUGAGAGCACGCAGUAUUGCCCUCAGGUGGACCAUGGGAUUUGAUGGAAACAGCCCAAUCACCGGCUACGAUAUUGAGUGCAAGAAUAAGUCAGACUCCUGGGAUUCUGUUCAGAGAACCAAAGAUGUUUCCCCUCAGCUAAAUCAAGCCACUAUCAUUGACCUCCACCCUUCCUCAACUUACAACAUUCGCAUGUAUGCCAAGAAUCGUAUUGGCAAGAGUGAGGCCAGCAAUGAACUCACCAUCACUACCGAUGAAGCAGCUCCUGAUGGUCCACCUCAGGAUGUCCAACUUGAGCCUAUAUCUUCACAAAGCAUUAGGGUGACCUGGAAGGCUCCAAAGAAGCACUUGCAAAAUGGAAUCAUUCGUGGAUACCAGAUAGGUUAUCGGGAGUACAGUGCAGGGGGAAAUUUCCAGUUCAACAUCAUCAGUAUUGAUACCACUGGGGACAGUGAAGUUUAUACGCUGAAUAACCUGAAAAAAUUCACCCAGUAUGGCAUGGUAGUCCAGGCUUGUAACCGGGCUGGAAUAGGACCUUCUUCUCAGGAAAUCAUCACCACUACUCUUGAGGAUGUGCCCAGUUGCCCUCCAGGAAACGUGCAAGCCACUGCCACAUCACCAGAAACCAUCUCUAUUUCUUGGUCAACAUUGGCCAAAGAAACCCUGAACGGGAUUCUGCAAGGAUUCAGGGUUAUCUACUGGGCCAAUCUCUUGGAUGGAGAGCUAGGAGAGAUAAAGAAUGUCACUACUACACAGCCAUCACUAGAGCUUGAUGGCCUGGAAAAAUACACCAACUACAGCAUUCAGGUGUUGGCUUUUACACGAGCUGGAGAUGGAGUGAGAAGUGAACAAAUUUUCACCCGCACUAAAGAAGAUGUUCCAGGUCCUCCCGCUGGUGUUAAAGCAGCUGCGGCUUCGGCCUCCACCGUCUUCGUCUCCUGGCUCCCUCCCCUUAAGCUGAACGGCAUCAUUCGAAAAUACACAGUCUUCUGCUCACACCCCUACCCAACAGUAAUCAGCGAGUUUGAAGCCUCUCCCGACUCAUUUUCCUACAGAAUCCCCAACCUGAGCCGGAAUCGCCAGUACAGUGUCUGGGUGGUUGCAGUGACUGCUGCGGGAAGAGGCAACAGCAGCGAGAUUAUCACUGUGGAACCGCUAGCUAAAGCUCCUGCCAGGAUCUUGACAUUCAGCGGCACGGUGACAACCCCCUGGAUGAAGGACAUUGUCCUCCCUUGUAAAGCUGUGGGAGACCCAGCUCCGACAGUCAAAUGGAUGAAGGAUAGUAACGGGACACCCAGUCUAGUGAUGAUUGAUGGGCGAAGAAGCAUCUUCAGCAAUGGCAGCUUUGUCAUCCGUACUGUGAAAGCAGAAGACUCUGGAUACUACAGUUGUGUGGCCAGUAACAACUGGGGAUCAGAUGAAAUAAUUUUGAAUUUGCAGGUACAAGUUCCACCAGACCAGCCACGACUCACUGUAUCCAAAACUACAUCUUCCUAAAAAAUUUCCUGGAUACCUGGAGACAACGGUGGCAGUUCUAUCCGAGGUUAUAUUUUGCAGUACUCAGAAGAUAACAGUGAGCAGUGGGGCAGUUUUCCCAUUAGCCCUAGUGAGAGGUCCUACCGUUUAGAAACACUGAAAUGUGGCACUUGGUACAAGUUUACUUUAACUGCUCAGAAUGGAGUCGGGCCAGGACGCAUCAGUGAGAUCAUUGAGGCCAAAACACUUGGAAAAGAGCCACAGUUUUCAAAGGAACAAGAGCUCUUUGCUAGUAUCAACACCACGAGGGUGAGGUUGAACCUGAUAGGCUGGAAUGAUGGUGGCUGCCCCAUCACCUCCUUCACCUUGGAGUACCGGCCUUUCGGGACAACAGUCUGGACAACUGCUCAGCGGACAUCCCUGUCAAAGUCCUAUAUACUGUAUGACCUCCAGGAGGCAACCUGGUAUGAACUGCAAAUGAGAGUGUGCAACAGUGCUGGCUGUGCAGAGAAACAAGCCAAAUUUGCAACACUCAAUUAUGAUGGCAGUACAAUCCCUCCACUCAUUAAGUCAGUCGUGCAAAGUGAGGAAGGGCUGGCAACCAACGAAGGGCUAAAGAUGCUGGUGACCAUUUCCUGUAUCUUGGUUGGGGUCUUGCUGCUUUUUGUGAUGCUGCUGAUCGUGCGGAGGCGGAGGAGGGAGCAGAGACUGAAGAGGCUGCGAGAUGCAAAGAGUUUGGCUGAAAUGCUUAUGAGCAAGAACACCAGGACAUCAGAUACACUUAAUAAGCAGCAGCAAACACUGAGGAUGCACAUAGACAUUCCCAGAGCACAGCUUCUGAUUGAGGAGAGGGACACGAUGGAGACCAUUGAUGACAGAUCAACAGUUCUGCUCACUGACGCUGACUUUGGAGAGACAUCUAAGCAGAAGUCACUGACUGUCACCCACACAGUACAUUACCAGUCUGUGUCACAAGCCACAGGACCACUGGUUGAUGUUUCUGAUGCCCGGCCAGGAACAAAUCCUACCACAAGGAGGAGUGCAAAAACUGGACCCACUGCUCGCAACCGCUAUGCUAGUCAGUGGACCCUCAACAGACCUCACCCCACCAUAUCAGCUCAUACCCUCACCACAGACUGGAGGCUGCCCACACCCAGGCCAGCAGGAUCGGUGGACAAGGAAAGUGACAGCUACAGCGUCAGCCCCUCACAGGACACAGAUCGAGCAAGAAGCAGCAUGGUCUCCACAGAAAGUGCCUCCUCAACAUACGAAGAGCUAGCGAGAGCAUAUGAGCAUGCAAAAAUGGAAGAGCAGCUGAGACAUGCCAAGUUCACCAUUACAGAAUGCUUCAUAUCAGACACAUCAUCGGAGCAGCUCACAGCAGGGACUAAUGACUACACAGACAGUCUGACCUCAAGCACGCCGUCAGAGUCGGGGAUUUGCAGGUUUACCGCAUCCCCCCCCAAGCCUCAGGAUGGAGGGCGAGUGAUGAACAUGGCAGUUCCAAAGGCACAUCGGCCAGGUGAUCUCAUGCAUUUGCCACCCUACCUUAGGAUGGACUUUUUAUUGAACCGUGGCGUGCAGGGCACGAGCAGAGACCUGGGUUUGGGGCAAGCCUGCUUGGAGCCACAGAAAAGCCGAACCUUGAAGCGCCCCACCGUCCUGGAGCCGAUACCCAUGGAGACAUCCUCCACAAGAGAAGUACAGUCAUGGCAACCUGGUGCUGUGGCAACGUUACCUCAGCGAGAAGGAGCUGAGCUAGGACAGGCAGCAAAAAUGAGCAGCUCCCAAGAAUCCCUGCUGGACUCCCGGGGCCACUUGAAAGGAAACAAUCCCUACGCAAAAUCUUACACCCUGGUAUAACAAAAAGAGCAUGGCUGGACAGUGGCUGUAAAUAUUUACACUGAAAAAGAAUUCCAAUGAAAGCUACCUUUUUUUUAUUGAAUUCCAAUAUUUAUAAUUAAAGAAGAAGAUUGCCAAAAUAUUUGACAAAAAAAAAUAAUAAUAUAAACAACAGACAGUGCAAAGACUCUCUUGCUUUUUUUCUGUCUGAGUGUGAGCUUCAUCUGACUGGACAUCUGAAUUUUUGGGUAAAAGAGUCCAGUUUUCUGAUCUUCACAAGCGUUUGUGUUUUUACUGAUUUUCUACGAAGUGCAUGGAGACUUAACUAAAACAUUUUAACUGGAACUUCCAUCAGACAAGAUUUAAAAGGGAAAAAAUCACAAAAAAAAAAAAUCACCCUAUUUGUGAGUUCAACAGGAACAUUGAUUUGGAAAAACAAGAAGUCUUUUGUCAUGUUUGCACUUUUUUUUUUUUAAUUAGAAAAUGGGUCCUUGAUUGUUCUUUUUUUUGUUGUUAAUUAGGAUGAGUGAUGUCAGU